AUGCAGCUCGUUCAACUUUUUACUUCCCUUUGGGGAAUGUUCUGUUUGCUCGGCUCGGCCGCAGCUUGGACAAACCCGAUUCGUAGCUCUGGAGGCAGCGAUCCAUUCGUGGUCUACACCGGAGGCUAUUACUAUCUUAUGACCACGACAUGGACUGAUGUUGAGAUGGCUCGCUCAACCACCGUCGCGGGCCUGAAGACAGCUGCGAAGAAGGUCGUGUACUCCACGUCGACUGCAACACGCUGUUGCAACGUUUGGGCUCCAGAGAUACACUACUUUGACGGCACUUGGUAUAUCUACUACACAGCUGGAAGAUCUGCAGAUCUCGAUGGCCAGAACGUGCAUGUUCUUAAAGGUGGCGCUACACCGUGGGAUACCUACACUUACGCCGCUCAAUUGACCACUGCUUGGUCGAUCGAUGCAUCUAUCUUGCGUUUCAAUAACUACGGCAACUACCUGAUGACUUCAUGCUUCAACGGAAACACUUACCAAUCCAUCUGCCUUCAGAAGCUGGGAUCGAACUACGUAUCUGUCACUGGGCCCAUCUAUACCAUUUCCCAACCAACGCAAUCGUGGGAAAAGGUCAGCCACCCCGUCAACGAAGGGCCGGCCGCGCUUUAUUUCGGUGGAAAGACAUACAUCGCUUAUUCGGCCAGCUAUUGUUGGUCAGCAAGCUACUGCCUUGGGCUGUUGACCUGGGACGGAUCGACAAACCCGACUAGUGCGUCGGCUUGGACCAAGUCAAAUGGCUGUGUUUUCUCGUCAGCGAAUGGGAACUAUGGAACGGGCCACAACGGUUUCUUCCAGAGCCCUGAUGGUAGCCAAACAUGGAUUGUAUACCAUGCUACAUCGAACAGCGCCGGUGCUUGCGAUGACAGCCGGUACACUAACAUCCAGUUGCUGGGUGCACAUUCUAAUGGGACACCUAACUUUGGCUCGCCGGUGGACUUCUCCCAUGCUUAUAGCGAGCCAAGCUCGUGA